GAUUGGUACGGUCCAGCAUGGCGGGAAAUCUGUUGAUCACGUCACGGGAGCGAAUGGGGCAAUAUGGCGGCCAUCGUAAGGCUGUAGCUCCACCACCGGACUAUUUCUUUAAUGAAACGUUGAUUCAGGGGGACUGUGUUUUAAUCCAAGCUGACUUUUAGUCACACUGCGGAUCUGCAGGAUGUCAGGUAAAAUCAGUGAUCAGCUCAAACCCGGCGACCUGGUGUUCGCUAAAAUGAAAGGCUUUCCUCACUGGCCUGCCAGAGUUUGCAAAUCAGAGACCGGAUAUAGGAAGCGAGUUCCAGUCUACUUUUUUGGCACCCAUCAAAUAGGCUGCGUCACACCAGAGAAUGUUGUUCCUUACGUUGGCAACAAGCUGAAGUACGGCAGCGGCGUACGCAUCAAGGGCUUUGCCGAGGGUAUGUGGGAGAUCCAAAACACGCCUGGAAUCGGCAGUAAGCUUAAAGUUCCAUUAAAGAUCAACACUACAUCACCACCAGCAAAACCAGCUUCUUCUUCUACACUCCCCAAAUCAUCUUCUGCUACCAAAGCUAUUGAUGGCAAACCUAAAGUUACCUCCUCCCCAAUUAAGCUUGAGCACAAUUCAAGCAAAAGUAUGGCUGGUAGGGUGUUAGGUGAGAGCGGAAAUCUGGAUAAAGCAAGAAGAACAUCGUCUAAAUUAGCUUCAGAUAAUGAUAAGUCUAAACUGGUAAGACACACUGUGGAGCCUGCGGCAGCUAAACGAACGUCGUCUAGAUUAGCUUCAGAUAACAAUGAGUCUAAACUCAUAAGGGACUCCAUGGAGACUGCCACAGCUAAAAGAACAUCGUCUAGAUUAGCUUCAGAGAAAAGAACUGAAUUCAAAUUGCAUAAAGACAAUGUACAGCCAGUUGCGGCUACAAGAACACCAUCUACAUUAGCUUUGGAUGAAAAUAUUGAAUCCAAACUUGAGAAAAAUGCUGUGGACCAUGUUGCAGUUAAAAGAACAUUGUCUAAAUUGGGUCCUGAUAAAAAAACAGAAUCCGGGCUGGAUAAAGACGCUGCCGUGCCUUCAGCAGCUAAAAGAAUGUCGUCCAGGUUAGCUUCAGGUAAUGAUGAAUCUAAAGUGGUAAGAGACACCACAGAGCCUUCUGUGGCUAAAAGAAUGUCGUCCAGAUUAGCUCCUGAUAAAAAAACAGAAUCCAAACAGGAUAAAGACGCCACAGAGCCUGAUAAAGCUAAAAGAACGUCAGCUAGAUUAGCCUCGGAUGAAAAUAUGGAAUCAAAACAGGAUAAAGACGCCACAGAGCCUGCUACAGCUAAAAGAACAACAUCUAGAUUAGCCUCAAAUGAUAUAGAAUCCAAACAGGAUAAAGACGCCACAGAACCUGCUACAGCUAAAAGAACGUCGCCUAGAUUAGCUCCAGAUGACAAUACAGAAUCCAAACAGGCUAAAGACGCCACAGAACCUGCUACAGCUAAAAGAACGUCACCUAGAUUAGCCUUGGAUGAAAAUAUGGAAUCCAAACAGGAUAAAGACGCCACAGAGCCUGCUACAGCUAAAAGAACGUUGCCUAGAUUAGCCUCAGAUGACAAUAUAGAAUCCAAACAGGAUAAAGACGCCACAGAACCUAGUACAGCUAAAAGAACGUCGCCUAGAUUAGCCUCAGAUGAAAAUAUAGAAUCCAAACAGGAUAAAGACGCCACAGAACCUGCUACAGCUAAAAGAACGUCGCCUAGAUUAGCCUCAGAUGAAAAUAUAGAAUCCAAACAGGAUAAAGACGCCACAGAACCUGCUACAGCUAAAAGAACGUCGCCUAGAUUAGCCUCAGAUGACAAUAUAGAUUCCAAACAGGCUAAAGACGCCACAGAACCUGCUACAGCUAAAAGAACGUCGCCUAGAUUAGCCUCAGAUGAAAAUAUAGAAUCCAAACAGGCUAAAGACGCCACAGAACCUGCUACAGCUAAAAGAACGUCGCCUAGAUUAGCCUCAGAUGACAAUAUAGAAUCCAAACAGGCUAAAGAUGCCACAGAACCUGGUACAGCUAAAAGAACGUCGCCUAGAUUAGCCUCAGAUGACAAUAUAGAAUCCAAACAGGAUAAAGACGCCACAGAACCUGCUACAGCUAAAAGAACGUCGCCUAGAUUAGCCUCAGAUGAAAAUAUAGAAUCCAAACAGGAUAAAGACGCCACAGAACCUGCUACAGCUAAAAGAACGUCGCCUAGAUUAGCCUCAGAUGACAAUAUAGAAUCCAAACAGGCUAAAGAUGCCACAGAACCUGGUACAGCUAAAAGAACGUCGCCUAGAUUAGCCUCAGAUGACAAUAUAGAAUCCAAACAGGCUAAAGAUGCCACAGAACCUGGUACAGCUAAAAGAACAUCGCCUAGGUUAGUCUCAGAUGACAAUAUAGAAUCCAAACAGGAUAAAGACGCCACAGAACCUGCUACAGCUAAAAGAACAUCAUCUAGAUUAGCCUCAGAUGACAAUAUAGAAUCCAAACAGGAUAAAGACGCCACAGAACCUGCUACAGCUAAAAGAACAUCAUCUAGAUUAGCUUCAGAUGAAAACACUGAAUCUAAAGUCAUUAGAUUAGAGUCAAAUGACAACAUUGAAUUCAGACAGUUUAAAGAAGCAGCAGAGAGCUAUGUCCCAAGAAUACAGUUAUCCAGGUUAGCUCUGGAUAAAACGGCAGAAUCCAAACCUGGUAAAGGUACAGUCGGGCAGGUUUCAGCGACCAGAAUAGAUCCAGAUCUGCAAGCUACAGAGAAAGUUGCAGCUACAAGAAGCAGAAGGUCAGCUAGUGCUGGUACAGUUGUAGAACGAUCAACUGAAUUGGAAAGUUCUGCACAUAUUAAAAAAGAGGUGAGAGCAAGAAUAGCUUCCACAGUCGACUUUGCCUCUGAUAGAAAACCGGCUGCAGAACCAAAUGCAAGUAAACAUCCAGCUGAGAAGGAAAGUAAGAGCAGUAGUGAUCAGGAAGCUGCAGCAGCAUCGACAGCUUCCAGCUCUUCAAACACAGAGGGAUCUUCCUCUGGAAGCCGAGUUUCCACCCGGAGCAAAGGAGCAGAUAUAAAGCUCGAUGAUGUUCCCCAUGUGGCAACUUCUGGAAAGAGGGGAAUAGAUAUGGAAAAGGAGGAGAUGCAAAAUGUCAAGAGGAAGAAGGAAGAGAGAGAUAACAGGAGGGAAGCAAGAGAAAACCGGAAUUCGAGGAGCAGUGAAGGGAUGAUGGAUCAGACAUCAGAGAGUAGAGGUUUGAAAAGAAAGAAAGAGGAGACAGAAGCUGGAAGAGAGGGGAUAAAGAUGGGAGGAACUGAGGAGGAAACACAUGGAAGAAAAACAAGGAAAGCAGAUAGAGAGGAAGAGAAACAGGAGGACAAAGGGGAGGAGGUGAGGACCAGGAGAGCUGCGAGAGAUGAGCAGACAUCAGAGGAGGAAAAAAGGGGCAGAAAGAUGAGGAGAAUUGAGAGCAAGGAGAAGGAUGACAGUAGAGAAGAAAUAAGGAUCAGGAGAUCUCAGAGAGACAACGGGGCAGCGGAGAUGGAAGGAAGACUGGAGAAACAAACUAUGAAGGUCAGAGAAACCAGGAACAAGGAUGCAUAUGGGGAUGAAACGGAAAGGAGGAAGAGAGAAUGGAAGAAUAAGGAAGAUAAAACUAGAGAAGUUGAGAAGGAGGAGAAAACUGAAGGGAUGAAGAUGAGGAGAGCAGAGAAAGAUAGUACACCUGAGGACAGAAGAAAAACUGAGAAAGGUAUGAAAGCUGAAGAGAAACACCAAGACAAAAAAGAAGUGCUGAAGAGCAGGAGAAACGAGGAGGAAAUGGAGACAAUGUCCAAAAAGGGCAAAAAAGAUGACGAGAAAUCAGAGAAGAACAAACCCAGGAAUCUGGAGAAACCUACAGAGAAGAGUGAAGGAAAAGGAGAAGGAAUGAAGACCAGGAGAACGGAGAAAGAGAAAACUGGGGAAGAACUGGAUCAAAUGAGGACUAGAAGAGAUGACAAAAAGGAUCAGAAAAAGAUGGACAACAAGAAAACACACAAUGUAAAUAAAGAAGAGAAAGGUAGACCAAGCUCAGAAACCCAAGAGGUGAGAAGAACUAGAGAAAAGGAAAUAAACCCAAAGACAACUAAAGAACCUGCAGCAGAGAAACAUUUGAGGAACGACGGAGGUCGAGGGACAAAGAGGAGAAGAGAAACAGAAGACGAGAAGGUAGAGAAGAGAGGAAAACACGGCAAGCACAUAGAAGAUGAGAGAGGUGGACAACAGAUGAAGAGGAGAACAGAGGAUGGAGGGGAGGAGUUUGCUGAAGAAAAGGGCCACGAGGUAAACUUUGAUUUUGUUGCUUUUCGGCACCAUCAUCUGGUGGCGCGGAGGGAGAGUUUGAUCCGAUCUCUCAGAGGUCUGCUGAAGACGAAGGAACCAACGAAGAGCUCUCAUGCUGUAGGAGAAGGAGGAACAUCUGUUAAAAUGAAGAACGUCAGCAGGGAUGGCGAGGAGGAGCAGACGGACAAAGGGACAGGAGGAGAGACGACCACCAAAAAGGCAACAUCUGAGCGGAAGGAAGAGAAACGCAACAAAGAUAAAGGAACUAAAGUCGAUGAUCAUGAGGAAGACAGACGGUCUCGACCACGGACAGGUGGGCAGAAGGAAGAGAAGACAAAUGAAAGUAGCAGCAAGGACAAGGAGGCCGCUAGAAAGUUUACAGCUGAGAGGACCGAUGACAAGAGAAGUAAGCAAGGGGAGAGCGGAACAAGGACGGUCGGAGAGGAAAGGACAUCACCUAGAGAGUCAGCUGAAGACAAAAGUAAAGAAAAGACCAUGAGCAAAGGAGAAGAUGAGACAAAGCUGCAGAGAGAUGAGAGGAAAAUAAUCGGAAAGAUCGUGAAGGCCAGUCAGGGAACAAAGGUCCAUUUGAAGACUAUGCUGGGAGGACUAACAAAAGCAGCUGCUGAGGAGGAGGAGAAGAAGAAGAGAAAGGAGGAGAAUGAGGUCACGGAGGAGGUGAAAAAGACUUCAGAGAGAGAAAAAAGAAGAAGCACAGUAAAGGAGGAGGAAAAGUCUGACACUAAAAAAGAAAAACCCAAAGAGCAGAAGCAGAAUGAAGUUCAAGAGAAGGUGGCAGGAAGACGGGAGGAGCAAAAAAAUCAGGAAGGCAGCAGGGAAGCGGAGGCGGUCAGAGUAACGCGUGAAAAACCGAAACAUGACAGCAAACUUAAGGAGAAAACAGACGACAGAACCUCGUCUCACCGACCGGAGGGGAGAGAAGAGCGGAGGAAGAGUGAUGCUGAAGACAAGGAGGCCAAAAAACAGGAAGGGAGGGGGGAGUCAGAGGGGGUCCGAAUAACACGUGAAAAGAGGAAGAAACACGAAAACCAAACUGACAACAGAAUGAGAUUAAGUCCACAAAAGGAGAGAAAAGAGCAGAAGAUGAGUGGAGCAGGAGGCAAAACGACAAAGCAGGAGGAGCAGGACCGGAGGAGGGAACCUGAGGUAGUUAGGCUAACACGAGAACAGAAGAAGAAACAGGACGGCCAAUAUCAGGAGACUAAAGAAGAGACUAAGGAGCAAAAGAAGAACAAAGCUGUAGACAAGGCGACAAGAAAACAAGAGGAGCCAAGAUCUCUGGAAGGGAGGAAGGAAACAGAGGUAGUGAGAAUAACAAGGGAGCAGAAGAAGAAACACGAGGAGAGAAAAGAGGAGCAAGUGACAUUAAGACGUUCAGAAGAGUGCAAAGACCAGAAGAGGGAUGAUGGAGGGGCGAAGAGUGGGACUUCUCGAGUUGAGGCUUUACGGUUGAAAUCUGUUGACAAAGAAGCAGGACAGGAAGAGAAAGACGACUCGGAAAGAGAGAGUGCAACCGGGACGGAUUCAACUCUGCACAGGAUCAACGGAGACCUGCGGAUAUCUCUGAAAACAGAAAAGCCCGGUCAUCAGGAAAACCAUAGAAGUGACUGGUGGUCUCGUGUCUCUCUCCAGGAUAUCAGGAAGUGUCUGUCAGCGCUGGACCAACUCAGUAUGCUGUAUGUGACGUCUCAACACGUCCAGAGGCACAGCGAGCUCAUAGCCACCCUCAGGAAGAUGCGGUACUAUCGGGCGAACCAAGCCAUCAUGGACAAGGCCGCCAUGCUGUACAACCGAUUCAAAAACACCUACCUGGUGGGCGAGGGUGAGCGUGAGGAUGUGGUGAGCGCCGCCUUCCUGCAAUCGCUGCUGCAGGAGAAGGAGAGGGAGGAGGCGCAGAGGGUGAAGCUCUGGAGGGAGAAAUUCCAGAAGGAGAUGGAGGAGCAGAGCCAGUGCUGAGAAGGUUGAAAUAAAAGCUCCAGUGGAGUCUUCCUGAGACCUGAACCAACUGAACUCUGAUUCUGUCGCUGUGGGCGGAUCCCGCUCUGCUCACCUGUGGGACUGCAGUAUUAUUUUUUAUUUCGGAAACUAAAAAGGCACCGUCUAAUUCCUUACACGCCGGUUACAGGAAAUCGCCUUAAACAUGUGACCUCAUGACACUUUUACCAGAACACUGAACAUUUCACACAUCUUUGAUCUCACUUAAGGGCAUUAAUGUUGUUUUAUUUUUCCUGUGAUUCUUUUAGAAGUAACAAACUAAAACGUUUUAGUAAUUUGUGCUGCUUUUACGUCCUGUGUAAAGAUCCUGCUCUCAUACUUGAACUCUGGUGCUGGCUUCCUGCAACUCUCAUUCCCUCUUUGGGGAGAAGGGGGCUGAUGGGAAAUGUAGUUUUCCCAAUUUGUAUUACUUUGUAAACAUAUGUCAAUAAAUCCUAAAGCAUUAGUACAGAAAAAUGGUGUUAUAAAGCUUUGAAAAUGGUGCUGCAGAUGUAAUAGUUUCAAGUUUUCUGUAAACUCUGUACAUGAAGGUUUCACUGUGUUUUUACUUGGUCAGAAAUAUUUUUUUGUGCGUUUGCUCAAAGUGUUGUUUUUUUUUUCUUCAGACUUUUCUCUGACUGUUGCCGCCGUCUUUGUAUUUUUCUAAUCUUUUUCAUAAAUGACUACAUUACACACUUACUCUUGAGCAAAUGCCUUAUUUUAUGUAACAUGUCCUUUUUGUACAGCGUUGGUGUACGGUUCACGAUUAUCCGACUGAUAGACUUUGAUUUAAUCUUAUUUAAUGAAAAUGCUUGUUUCUGAACACAAAUAAAGCAUUUCUAAAACAUUAUAAACAUA